AUGGUCAUAAUUCCUUUGACGGCCGCUCGCCGCUUGCCGCAGAAGGGUGGGCGGGAGGAGACAGAUUUGGCAGCGAAACACAGGGAGACUGAUGGAGAAUGGGACGAGGAAUCAAUCUACCAGCUCAUGGCCGACAAUGACGAUGAGGACGCAAUCUACAUCAAUGAGUUUGAGGACCAGAUUGUGGAAGCAGUUCAGGAACAUCCUGACCUCUCACAGUGCUUUGUGAGUUACCAGGAGGCCAGAGCCCGAGUUCGAGAGCACGCCAGAGCUCGUGGAUUUUGGCCCGUGAAGGGCAAAGCAAAGGGGAAGGGAUUCACCAAGAAGGGCAAAGGUGGCAACACCUACAAUCAGGGAUCCAACGCUGGAUUCAUGGGACGAAAGAGAUCUCUUGCUGACAGGAUAGCAAACUCCACGUGCAGACUUUGUGGAAUGGCAGGGCAUUGGAAACGUAAAUGCCCACAACGUGCCGAGAACAAGAAGCCCGAGCAGUCAACACUCAAUGAGGUCCAUUUGGGGUUCCUGGAUGAAGAUGACAUCGCUCAGGAAGUCAUCGAGGUUCUGCCCCCUGACGUAGAAACUGAAACAGUUUUCCAAUUUGAGGAAGAAAGCCAUGAGGCAAUCAUUGACACGGGUGCCAGCCGAGCCGUUGUAGGAUCAGAUCGGUUGUCUAGCCUGGUUGCUUCAUGUGGCAUGGAAGGCAAGGUCAAGGUUGAAAAGAUGUCCAGCCACAUGAUCGAUCUCAGCUAUCUGGACAGGCCACUCGACUCCGAAGUGGACCAGAGCCUCACCAUGCCCAAGAAGGAGAUGUUCAACAAGGGGAUCCCAGUGACCACGGAGAUGCUCAGUCAGAUCGUGACCAAGGCAGGAAGUAUGAUCCCGAUUCCGAAGGCUUUGCCAAAGGCAGAGCCGAAGGGAACGUCAAGUGUGACAUCCGAGGAUUGGGUGAAGGUCAUGGGAAAACAAGUUCCGAAGACCGACCCAAUCAAACGCCCAGUUUCGGAGGUGACGAGAAGCGAAGCUCCUCGAUCAUCUAUGAUGAUGGAACCCAAUGCCGAGAAAGUCCAACAGAUCCAAACUCAGAUCGCUUUGCUCCAACGGGAACUGGCCAAAGAGAUACAGGAAAAGUUGAUUCACCAGGAGCUAGCCCUUAAGACUGAGGAAAUUCAGGUUAUCCAAGGGUCCAUGAAACAUGAGGGACAACGGAUUAAUGUGUCCGAAUAUGCGUCACCUUACACUUCCAUUUUUGGAGCAUUUAUUGCUGAGAAGAUUUUGGAGGAGUGUAGGAUUGGGGAACCUCCUGUUGUGCUUUUUGAGAACCCACACGAUGUGUUUGCUGUUGACCAAAAACAUGAGUCCCCUGACCUGGCACCGGAAGAUUCCCAAAGCCAAAAGAGGCGACGGUACGGAAUUAAAGGGCCACCCCGUGGACCAGAUGCUGAAAGCGCUGGAUCACCGCCACGUGCAGGGUAUGGCAAGUCUCCAACAUGGGGAGGGGUGAUUAAGGGUUUGUCCAGUGCCUUGCCACGUGUUGGAAAUUUGGUUUUGAAGGGCGAUGAUCCCCAGUGCGCUGACUUUCAUGCAUUGGUUCCCGAACUCCAAGUCAAAUUGGUCCUGCUUUGUAGAGGUGAUGGAAGAAAGCUUGGAAUCCAUGCACCUCCGGAGCUCAAACGGGCCAUUGGCUUACAGAAUGAUGAACAGUGCGGACUUCUGGGUGGAGCAUACGGCAGGGCAGAUGCCCCUCUUUUAUGGUACAAGACACUCCGCGAAACAAUGGAGGGUCUGGGCUUCGUAGUCAGCCCUUUCGAUGGCUGCGUUUUCACAUUGGUGACAAAGGGCCACAAUGGAAAACCCAAAGUACAUGGAUGUGUAGGUUUACAUGUUGACGAUGGAAUCGGAGGGGGUGAUAAAUACUUUAGGGAGAUCAUUGGGAAGCUCCGUAGUAAGUUCGAGUUUGGGGCCUACAAUGAAGGGGAUUUUGAAUUCUGUGGGGUUCGAUACUAUCAGUGGGACGAUGGGUCCAUUGAGAUGAGUCAGGAUUCCUAUGUUCAAAAGAUUCACCCCAUUGAGAUUCCUCGAAAUCGUCGACAGCAGAGCCAGAGUUCUCUCACACCACUGGAGACCCAGCAGCUUCGCCAAAUUUGCGGAAGCCUCCAAUACGCUGCAGUGCACACUAGGCCUGACCUUUCAGCAAAGGUCGGUGAGCUUCAGUCAGCAGUGGCUUCUGGAAAGGUGGAACACUUAAUUAAUGCGAACCGAGUUUUGUACGAGGCCAAGGCGAAUCCAGUGAGUUUGAUGAUCGUGCCCAUACCGGAACAUGCUGUGACUUUCUGUGCAUUUUCAGAUGCUUCUUUUGAGACUGGUAAAGGCACCAUGGUCUGUGGUUGCGACUGA